UGGAAUUUGAAUAGCACUACCACCAAAAACCCCCAAAAAAUUACUAAUAAACUAUAGGAAAAAAAAUAAAAUAAAACCCAAUUUCAUUUCAUUGUCAAUUUCAUUUCAAUUUUCAAAAAUCAAAAACAUCUGAAACCCAUUUCCUCUCACUGCAGUUUACUCCCUUUCUCUCUCUAAAAAUCCUCCUAGAUCUUUUUGAAACCUUGCAAGAAAGCUAUGGCCCUUUUUUGAUCAUUUGUUUGCUGCAAAAAAUGUAAGCUUUGAAGUAUUCAGCUGAAGUUCACUUUGUGUUUAGCUUGAAUCAUUCAUUAUAUUACAAGGGAUUUCAUCUGGGUUCUUAAUGUCAAGUUUGUUUGUGUAACUGUUGUGGUUGUAUCAUUUUGGGGCUAUUUCAUGGGUGGAACUGGAAAUGUGGUUCUGGGAUCAGGUUUUAGUUGAAUCUUGGUAAGGAUAACGAUUGGAUCUUUGGGUGGGUUUGAAGAUCUAGUUUAAAUUAAAAAGAAAGCAGCUUGUCUUCUUUUGUCAUGUUUUUGUUUUCCCUUUUCGCGAUGUGUUGGAUUCGGUUUAUGAUUUUUGAUGCCUUUCUACUUGGGUUGAUGAUGCAGCUAAUGGGUACAUUUUGUAAUGUUGUUGAUUUACUUGAUGGGUGGUUUUUUUUUGUUUGGAUGGCUGCUCAGCUGUUUUGAUUCAGUUAAUUUGAAGUAUUUGAGUAUAUGGUGUUAUUCCUGAUUAGAUUAUUCUGUGGAUGUAAAGAUGUUGCAUUUGUUACUAUUUUGAAUUCUUUAGCUAGCGGCUGGAAGCAUCAGGUUGUGAUGAAAUAUGUGACUUCUAAUUUCUUUUGUGUUUUUUCCCCAUAAAAAUUGUUCUUCUUGUCUCUGUGCUUCCUUAGCUAGCUAAAUUUUGAAGCUUAGCCUGUUCAUUUGUUUGUAUCCUGGUUUUUGCGCUGCAAAUCAGAAUGAGAACCCUCAAUUUAAUGUUGCACGGUAUUGUUUUCUGCGGGCAAAUAUGUUAGAGGUCUUUUGGAUGUGUUUUCAAAAUUGUUUCAUGUCAUUUUGUGUUUGCUGUUGCUCUUUUCCCCUGGUAAUUCUUAUCUAUGCAACUGUUUUGGGGACUUGCAGAACAUGAUGGACAUGGAUAGUGUUAUUCGUGUUUCUGAGAAUGGGGGAGGAUUUGAAAAUGGAGUUCAUGAAGAACAUUCUGUAGCUCAAGAACAGGUAGCUACUGAAAAAGUUGGCAUGCCGAGAUGCGUCCCUGAGAUGGAUGAAUUAGUUUCGAAUUUCAGCUACGGCCUGAAGGUGAGAGUCAUUGAAGAUGUGGACUCUUCUGAUGAAGUUUUGGCUGAAGGAGCAUCUGCUGCAGAUAGUUCACAGGAACAUGGUGGUGAAGAGUUGGAGUUGAAGAGUGAAAAACAUCAAAAGGGUCCAGCAAAGAAUAACAUUGGGAAGCCCUCACAUAGUAAAAAUGCCUCGGUGACGAGUAUUAGGAAGAGUAAAGACAGUGCUUCGAAUGGGAUGCAUGCUUCUGAAUCAAACCAUAAGCAGCCACUUGCCAAAUCAAAGAGUAAAUCAGUCAAUGACCGGCAGGGAGUUCCUACUUCAACAAAUCCGAGCCACAGCAAACAAAGAAGGCAUCCAGAAAUGAAAUCAUCUUCGACUACUGAUGCACAAUCCGAAAACCUUAAGGAAAAAUCUAAGCCGAAGGUGCUGAAAACAAGUGAAUCAGAUAGAGCUGACGGCACACAACCCUUGAGUCCCACUGAGGAAGCUGCAAAGCCCCGCAAGCCGGGGACCCUUCCAAACUAUGGUUUCAGUUUCAAAUGCAAUGAAAGGGCUGAGAAAAGAAGAGAGUUCUAUUCAAAACUAGAGGAAAAGAUCCAUGCAAAGGAAGUUGAGCAGACCAAUUUGCAAGCCAAAACUAAGGAAACACAAGAAGCUGAAAUUAAAAAGUUGCGGAAAAGCUUGAUGUUCAAGGCAACACCCAUGCCGAGCUUUUAUCAGGAGCCUCCACCUCCCAAGGCAGAAUUGAAGAAGGUGACUUCGCAUUAUUUAUAAUAAAAAAGUAUGUGUCUAUAGUAUGAAAUUUGUGUUUCUGAUGUGCUUAUGUGCCUUUGGUCUCGGUGCCUUUAGCAAGCAUAGUGUUCCAGAACUUUCAGGCUGUCUUUUCUAGCCACUGGAAUUGGUCAUAUAAUAGCUUGGAGAUUUUGGCAUGUGGAAGAUCUUAAUAGGAUGUCAGAUGAACUUCGCUUCUGAUAUAUAUAAACCUUAUCAGAAGGUUCAUGCUGAUUGAGUUCUGUCUCCCUUUCUCCUAUCACGUCUCUGUCCAUGUUAUAAGCUGCAACUUUUACUGAUUUUUAAAAAUGCUUUGCUGGAAAAUGUGUAAGGAACUUUUAUGAGAAAUACUUGUUCCUCAGUUUAUUUUGCUUAGUAAGUAGGAGGGCCAACCAUACAUAUGCAAAAAUUCAUUUUCUAGGUCUGUAUUCUCGCUUGAUAGUUGUAUACACCUUUGGUAAAAUGCAACGGUCUUGUGAAUUCUUGCUGAGCUUAGAACGUCUGCUAAAUUGAUCUUGCAUCCUUGGUAUAAUCAUUCAAUAUUUUGAUUGGUAGAAGUGUGUUUACUUCUUGCAUUUAGUUUGAUUUGCUAAAACAUUUUAACAACUUCACGGGGCCUUUCUAAAUAUGUGCAUCAGAAUUUUGAUUUCUUCUUUGUUUUGUAGGUUUAAUAUUUUUAUUUCAAAAUGUCCAGCAAAUCAUUUGCUUUGAUGAUUGCUAGGCUGAUGCUGUAGUCAGUGCUAUAUGUUGAAUCUGUAUUUGGUCACCAACUCUGUCAAUAACUCCAGAAAUUUUGUAGAAAAACCCUGGAUAUCUAAUAUUAUAUAACUUCACAUAAAUAACAUCUUGCUUGUUUGAUCAGAGAGAAAUUCGGGGUAAUGUAUCGGGUUUCUAGUUCCUCUCAAGCAUUGUUACCCAGGGCCUAAUCUGCAACUCGUUUAUUUAUAUCAUAUUCAUUGUUAGAAUGGUCUGAUGCUGUAUUUUCCUGGAUUUUUAACCAAACAAAAUUUUGAGAUGAAUAUUUUGCUGUCUGGAAAUGAAGUUAUGUUUGGCUCGCUGACAGAUAAAAGAAGCAAGUUGCUGAAAGUAUUUCAAGGUUGUGAACAUCUGUUGAGUGACAUUAUAAGCCUUGAGUGAAAGCCGGCUACACAUUUAGUUUAUUUAGGUUUUAGAACUUAGAAGGAUGCAAAGCUAAUUGGUCUGUGUUCAUAAUUUGACUUCGAUUCCUGUGUCUGCGUGCAUGUUUGUCCUUGUUAGUUUCAGAUGCUCUGCAUGCACUAUGCUAGACUUAUUCCCUGUUAUUUUCAGGAACAGUAUCAUAUUAUGUUGAAAGUUUGCUGUCAACGUAUAGGGAUGCUGUUUGACUGAUGCUCUUUGGUAAAAUAGUGGCCUUACCAUCCUUCUUGACAGCCUGUUGUUGCACAAUUAUGCAGAUACCAACAACCAGGGCGAAAUCUCCUAAACUUGGUCGUAAGAAAAGCUCGCCGACCAGAGGUGUUUCUGAAGAAAGUGAUGAAGGAAGACACACUGUUAGGUUAAGUUUGGAUGAGAAAUUACCACAAAACAGCCCAAAGGCUCCUUUAUCAGCCAUUGUCAAGAAACCUUCACGGAAAUCCCUCCCUAGGCUGCCUUCCCAAAAAACGAACUUGACCAAUGAAACCAAAAAAGUUCCACCUCAAAAAACUGGCAUGUCCAAAGAAACAAGCGACAAUGGUUCUUCGAUGGACAGGAUACCCAAAGAAUCAGGUGUAUCUGCAGACCCUGCUUCUGAGAUAAGUAAGCUGGAUCAGGAUCAGGAGGAGACCUUAGUGAAUGAUCCCGUUUCAGUGGAGCAGCAUUAGAUAGAGCAGCAGGGGACAUUGUAUAUUUAUUAGGGCUACCCUCAAUCCGACCUGAUGCUGUAAAAGAGAGGUAUGAUAUUGAUAUGAUUAAGACAGAAUUCAUUUCAUGAUGAACGGCGCGGUUGAUGAUACUUUUGUUAAUGUUUGUUCAUGACUGGUAAAAAUGUCUAUAAAUGGGAAGGGCUUUAUCGAUUUCCAUGAUUGCUGUGUAAUGUGAUCCUCAGAAUGUUGCUGGUUGUGUUGCUGUAGCAUUGACUGGCUGGCCUAAAAAACGAGUUAGGGUUUAUAUUUCAAAUGUGCCUCUUGGUCACAAGUUCAGAAUUGGGAAAUUUUUGGUUGUUUUUCCUCUUUUUGGUGGGUUUUCUGCCUUCCUUGUAAUACUAGUUUGGAAGACGAAAUUGUAAUGUGGGCUUCUUUUGGUUUCAGUUUGAUAUGGCUAUUGAGCUUUUUGUAUUGGCUGCUGGUGCUAAGAAUAUGGUGUUCCAUGAAUUUCAAAAACGAUGCUUUAUCAAUUGAGACUUAAUUUUAGUCUGCUUUUGUUACCAUUCCCUCAUUCACCUCGAUAUUGUUUGUUAGGUUUUUUUGAUGGUAUUUUCAAAAUAUUUAAAUAAUAACUGUCCC